UUAAACAGCCGGUAUUUAGUGUUCGCUUCUUUGCUUCCUGUCAAAAAAUCACGUUUUUCAUAUUAUUGUUUUCAUCGAUACUCUUUCAUCUCUUCGUUUGAAAUGCCAAAGAAAAAAGUAUGGACAAAUGAGGAAAGAGCAGAAUUGGCAAAGAAAUUAGAUGAUGAAUUAGAAGAGUAUGUGGCAGAUUGUAUAGCCAAACAAAAGGAGAAAAAUGAGACUGAAGGAGAAAAAGAGAGUGACUUAAAUAUAGAAGAACUAGCAAAUCAUCCAGCUUUUAUGACAGAAGUAGAUUGGAGUAAACCAUUAACACCAGAGUUAGAAGCUUUAAUGAAACUCAAAUAUGAAGAUGAAAACCCAACAGCUGGAGCAGAAGCAUAUAAAAUGGAUGGUAAUCAUGAAUUUAAAAAGAAGAAAUAUGAUAUAGCUAUAGACAAUUAUACAGAAGGAAUUAAAUUGAGAUGUCCUGAUAAACUGCUGAAUGCUGUUUUGUAUACAAAUCGCGCAGCUGCACAAUUUCAUAGAGGAAAUUAUGGAACUUCCUUGCAUGACUGUAUAUUUGCCAGAAAAUUCCAGUCAGAUCAUAUGAAAGCUAUUUUAAGGGGUGCUACAUGUUGUUUAAAGUUAAAAAGAUACGAUGAAGCCAGUAAAUGGUGUGAUACAGGUUUAUUAAUAGAAAAUGAAAAUGAAGAAUUGUUACAGAUGAAGUACAAGGCUGAAAAUUUAAAGAAAUCACUAGAGAGAGACAAACGAAAAGAGGAAGCUGCUGAAAGAAAAGAAAGAUUAGAAGAAGAAAAACUCCUUGCUGUGAUACAGAGUAAAGGAGUGCAGUUAGCAAGCAUGAAGACGAACAAAAAUUCUGGUUUACAUCCUUCAUUGCUGACAAACUUAGAAACUCAGAAUCCUAGUGGUGCUAAAGUACAUGUGACCCCUGAUGGAUCACUAAACUGGCCUGUAUUAUUUAUGUAUCCAGAACAUACUAUGACAGAUUAUGUUGAGGCUUUUAAUGAACAACAUACAUUUGAAGAGCAUUUAAAUGUGAUGUUUAGUGAUGGAUUUGAACAUCCACAAUGGGAUACUGACAGGAAAUAUAAAACAGACAAAUUACUGGUUUAUUUUGAGGACAGAGAAAAUGAAGUAAUGUACAAAGUCAACAAAAAGUCAACGUUAUUAUCAGUUUUACAGCAUAAAAGACAUUUUGUUCAUGGUGGAACUCCUUGUUAUGUUGUGACAGUUGAUGGUUCCAACUAUCAAAAAGUUUUUAAGGAAAGACAUAAAAUAAUAAACACAUAACAGU